AUGGGAGGUUCUCCCGAACCGCAACCGCUCGGCCUCAUUGCAUCGCUCUACUCCACCACCUCGCGAUACGUCGCCAAGUUCAACCAGUUUUGUGUCCAAGAUUUCCUCGCACGCGGUAUAUCCAAAGGCUCUCUCACCUUUGUCCACCCGGACCACACCGAAAUCCUCUUUGGGCAGUCCGCCACCGAAGCCGCCGCCGCCGCGCGACCCGUCGCUCGUGUAGUCGUGCACGACCCCCCAUGUUUCUACUCGCGAGUCGCCGCCGCUGCCGACAUCGGCUUCGCGGAGGCUUUCAUGCUCAAGUACUUUGCCGUUGACAACUCCGACGCCCUCACUGACGUCUUUCGCGUCCUCAUUCUCAACCGAGACAAUGCCAAACUCUCCGCCUCCAGCCUGCUCCCCUCGCGCAUGGGAGCAAGCCUCAACACCUUCCUCCACACCCUUAAGCGAAACACUUUGUCCGGCUCCCAGCGGAAUAUCGAGGCCCAUUACGACCUGUCCAACCAGCUCUUCGCCACCUUCUUGGGACAUACCUGGACCUACUCUUGUGCUUUUUUCGACCCGCGUGCCCCGGCUGCGUCCGUCACCCUCGACACUGCGCAGCACGCAAAGAUUGACAAGGUCAUCGACAAGGCUUGCAUCACAUCCGAUUCUCACGUUCUCGACAUUGGCUGCGGCUGGGGUGAACUUGCCAUCCGCGCUGUCCAGCGCACAGGUUGUCGUGUCACAGGCAUCACCUUAUCACGUGAACAGUUGGCCCUCGCGAAUAAACGCGCACACGCCGCAGGUGUGGCCGACCGUAUCACAUUUGAGCUUGUCGAUUAUCGCGUGGUGGCCGCGCGCGGCAUCCACUUUGAUCGCAUUGUGUCGGUUGAAAUGAUAGAGGCCGUCGGUCACGAGUUCUUGGGAACGUUUUUCGCAGCGAUACAAAACUUGCUUGCGCCCCAGGGCUUGCUUGUAAUGCAGGCCAUCACGACGCCCGAGGAGCGGUACGAAGAGUAUCGGACGACGACGGAUUUCAUUCAAAAGUACAUUUUUCCAGGGGGCAUUUGCCCGAGUUUCGAGGCCUUGGUCACAGCCAUGGCGAAGAAUAGCAAACUGUGCGUGGAGGGCGUGGAGAACAUCGGGCCGCACUAUGCGACGACGCUGAAGGAGUGGCGGCGACGCUUUUUGGCCAGCGAAAAGAACGGGGACGUGGCGGCGGCGGGCUUCGAUGAUGUGUUUGUGAGAAAGUGGGUGUACUAUUUCUGUUACUGUGAGGCUGGAUUUGCGACGCGGACCCUUGGCGUGUUGCAGGUAGUUUUCAGCAAGAGCAGAAACACGGCAACUUUAGGUGGGCCACCUGUCCUUGCUGUGUGCUAA